AUGGAAAAUAGCAAUGAAAAAUCAUUAUAAUUAAUUAAUUGCUGCAAAAAACAAAGACUAAUUAAAUUGAUAAUAAUCAUUUAAGAAACAAUAAGCAUAGAAAUUUAUCUUCAAUUUAAUAUGAAUAUCAACUAAUCUACAAAAGAUGAAAUGACUGAGCAGAAGGUUUCUCUUAGCUCCAGGAUAUCAGUUUCAGAUUAAAUCAAUGAAUUAAAAUAAUCAAAACCAAAGGAGACCCGAGUGCUCCUUGUAACUCUUGUUAAUAACGUUAAUAACACUGUUUUGUAACAUAAUGUUUACUACCAAGCCUUUUCUAAUUAUGGAGAAGUCCAAAGAAUCUUGAUUUUCCAAAAAAUAUCACCAUGGGCUACUUUUAUAGAAAUGGAUACUGUUGAAAAUGCGCGUAAUGCAAGAUAAAAAUUAAAUAACUUUUAGAUAUUACCCGAUGGAACUAAAUUCGUAAUUUUGCCUUCAACAAAAGAAAGAAUUGAAUUUUAAGAAAAAAAUGUUUCUGGCAUAGAUUAUACAAUUCUCAAGUAAAAGAUCUUGGAAAGACAAAUCAACAAUGAAGCAGAAGCCUUGUUUGAAUAGCUUCUCAAAGUAGAUGAUAUUAUUGAAGAUGGCAAUUCACCUUAAAAAUAGCUGAUUUCAAGUGAUAAUUAAGAAGUUACUAUUUCAUACCAUUCUAGCUAAUCUUCAAACGCAACAUUUAAUUCAGGAAAUAAUUCUAAAGUAAAGGGAAUUAAGAAUUUUAAUAAUAACAACGCUAAUAGCAAUAAUUAUAAUUUUAAACCUACAAACUAUAACAGCUAAAAAAAUUCACUUCAUAAUUCUUUUUCAUAAGAAGAGGUGAAUGAUUAAAGCAACUACUCUCAUAUGGCUAAUGAAUCAUCUGUGCACACAGAAUUAGAUGAUUUAAAUCUAGCUCAAUCUGUUUAUUCAAAUGUGAGUGAGGAGUAAAAUGGCAAAUAUCACACAUCAAUUAGUAAUAGCAACAUAAAAAAUAACUCCAUUCAUUCUGAUAACUCAUUAAAUUUCGGUAAAAAGGCUGUUUGUAGCACUACUAGCCGUAAUUAAGGCUAAAGCUUCUAAAAGCAAGGACAUAACUUAACCAAUUCUGCUCCAAACGACCUUUGCUUUUAAAAAUCCUCAAAUAGUUUACAAAGUGAUAUAUAUGAAAAUGUUGAUGAAAAAACAGAUAUAUCUCAAUAUGUUCAUCCACAGUUCUCUUAAAUGAUAAAGAAGUCAAAAGUAAUCUAUGUUAAUAGAUUUGACUCUUCUAAAACUACAAUGUAGUAAAUUUUUAACUUGUUCAGCGCAUUUGGCAAUAUUGUUAAGAUGAUUUUCAUGAAAUCAAAAUCAGCUGUUUUGAUCGAAUACUCUACUGUUGACUUUGCUUGUUAAGCUAAAGAUUUGUUGAGCGAUACAACUUUUAAUGGCAACAUUAUAAAAAUAUUUUAUUCAAGAUAUGAAAAUAUUUUCUUCAAAGAAGCAGAAGAAAAGCCAGAAGACGAAGAAUACUUUGAACCUAAUGAGAAAUUAAAUAGAUUUAAAAGUGACGCUCAGGCCAUUAUAAAUACUCCUAUUGAUACUUUACACAUAUCUAAUAUUAGAAUUAACGAUUGCAACUUCGAAACAAUAAAAAAAAUUACAGAGCCUUAUGGUCAAAUUAAAAAAAUAAAAUUCAUGCUUGAAAAAAAUAACAAAAAUAUGUGUUUAGUCAAAUUUGAAACAGUAUCAAUAGCUAUGUGGGUUUUAGCUAAUGUUCACAAUAAAAUGAUUUCUGAUAGACCAAUCAAAAUUUCUUUUUCGAAAAGAACUUUGGAAUGA